AUGGUCAGUCGACUGACGACAACAUCGCCAUCUGAGACAUUCAUUAAUAUUCGCAAAGAAUGUGCAUCAAUAUAUCAUGUUAUCGAACGACUAUCAACAUUAACUGCUGAUGCGAUUGAAGACGACCAGCGAAAUCAAAUUGAACAUCGAAUCAAACAUAUCAGAAGUCUCUCAUGGGAAAAUUUCAAUCCACCAUCUUGUGAACUGAUUUCGAAUUGUCAAUAUUUAUCUCCUUCUCCAAAUAUAACUGCUGAAUUUAUUCGACAUCUCUAUCAAAAUCGAUCAUCUCUAUCCCCAUCAUCUUCAUCGUCAUCAUCAUGUUCAUCAACAACAACUCAUUGUUCAUUUUCUACAUCGGGUAGUUGGACACUCGAUCUGCCAUUGUACAAUCAAAAUACAAGUGUUCAAUUACCUUUACUAUCCAUUACCAACGAAGCGAUAGAAUCCCCAGUGGAACAAAAAGACGAACCAGAACAAGAGCAACGCGUUCUUCAACGUUCCGAAACAUUCGUAAUUACAAAAAUACCAGAAAAAGAGACACAAGAGGAAGCAGAAGUACCAUCGUCAGCUUUGCUUUCUAAUGUCAAAACGAUGACAACGAACGAGCGCACUUCAAAUUCCAAUGUUCAGCGUUGUUCAUUAACACGAGCAAUGCCUUCCUCAACAGCACCAGCUGUAAUACGUCCCUCACGAUUACCAUCACGUUGUUCAAACAAUCGUCCACUAGCGAACGCAACUAACACUUCAAAUAAUAAAACGCUUCCAUUAAACAAUAAUAAUAAUAAUAAUAAUAAUAAUAAUAAUAAUAAUCGCUCUCUUUCGGUUAAGAAAGCUUCGAAAUUACCCAUUCGGACAACGACAUCGUUAACAAAACAAGUAGUACCCGUGAAAAAAGCCAUCAAUGUUCAGACAUCUGUUGCAGCAAAGACAAAGAAAGAUUCGACAGUUCCAUCUUCUCGAGCUGUUGCAUCAGCGAAUACAACAACGGCAAAGAAGACUAUUCGACCGCCACCGACAUCGAAACCAUCUCUUGUACAAACUUCUUCGACCAAAUAUCGAUCACGUUCAAUAACCACAGCUACUAUGAAUCCGCCGGGUUCAACAGUAAUAAGUAAACGCACGCGCACAACACCACCCGUGGUAAAGAAAAGCACCGUAGAGCCAAUUGCACCUACGAAGAAAUUCAAUAAAUCGACGGAAGAGAAAUCAUUGUGUACCAUCGAACAAAUGAACUCAACGUCGAGUGAAUCCAGUAUUGAAGAAAAUCAGCGACAAAAUAAAUUAUUAGCGAUCGUUCAAGAUGAAGGAUAUUCCACUUGGUCGUCAUCCGAUGUCAAGGAUGAAAUCAUCUUGGCCAAUGUAGCGAAAAGUGACACAAACGAAAGGCGACGAAGUACUGGACUUGUUAAAAGUUGGCUUGACACAACAAACGAACGAUGUUCAAGGAAACCGGUGAAAGAAGUGGAGAUUGAUAAAUUGGAAGAAUUCACUCGAGAGUUAUCCGAUGGUUCAUCAAUUCUUUGUCCAUUUGUACGUAAUCGUUGUUCGAAUGGUAUUAUCAUUCCACUCGCUUCGACAACACUAACAUCAACAGUAUCACCGCCAUUACCAUCGCCAUCGAAUCCACUCGACAAAGAUAUCUCAAUUGAUAGUCUCGAAGCUGUUGCUGCGUCUCCUAAGAUGUCUCAACAAAAAGUACUAGCUUCCAAAUCAUCACUCUCAUCAUCCUCGUCAUCAUCGUCAUCGACAUUUUCUCGUUCUGAAACAUUCGAAAAAAUUCUAAUUAAUCAUUCAUUACCUGUUAUCAUUGACGAUCUUGCUGAUUCAACUGAUUCCACAUGUUCAGAUGUGAAUCCACUAUUCAACAUGUCAGAAUACAUUGAGGAUAAUUUCCUUGAUCAUGACCACAACUCUCCCGAUCAUUCUUCUUCGUUACAACCGCUAUCGACUAGUAAAACCGAAAUUGUCAAACCCGAAAAACGUCUCAUGUUUCCUGGUUUAUUCAAUCGUUUGAUUUUUCUUCGCCGUGUUCUCUCAGAUUCUGAUCUUCAACAAAAACUAUGCUGUAUAGCAGACGAUGAAGUACAAUUUCAUGUGUAUCAUUCAAAUAUCAUUCAGGAACAUUCGAUCGAACUGAAUUUAAUGAAUACAUAUGGUUCAGAUUCGGAAUUACACGUCUGGUCACAUGACUGUGCUGAACAACGAAGAUUCGUUAAUGAACGACAGCAACAACUCUUAAUGACAGCAAAAGAGUCGACAGCGAAACUAUCGCACAUUGAACGAAUGAUACGAAUGAAUUUUGAUGAUAGCGGAGCAGAUGAAACGAACACCUUCGAAUUAAAUAGCGAAGAAUAUGAUCAACAAUUAGCUGUAGAACGACAGACAUUGCUUCAACAGAUCUACGAAUAUCCUUGGUUGUUACAAGAUGAUGAUAUCGACCAAGUGCCCGUUUGUACAUCACCAAAUAGUGAACAACCGUUAUUAUCGCCCUCACCUGAUUUAGUUGUUCCAUCACAUAAUCCAGAUUUCUAUCAAUUAUGUGCAUUAACAAAUAGUAGUUCAUUUGCAACAUCUUUUGGUACAAAUUCUAGACAUACAACACCACCCAUAGCUUCAUCUGUUUUAUAA